AUGGCUGGAACAAUCACAGAUAUAAAAAAGUUGGACUACGAUAUCUACAAAUAUUCGAGUUACUCUUCGUCCUAUCUUCCGGAAAACAUCCGAGAGGACAAUCCUUCGAAUCAGACAUCUCGUUGGUCAUCGAACACCAACACUCCACCGCAGUACUUGAUCCUGAAACUCGAGCGGCCGGCGAUCGUUACGCGAAUCAAGUUUGGAAAGUACGAAAAAACGCACGUAUGCAACUUGCGGAAGUUCAAAAUCCUCGGUGGAUUGGAGGAAGAAUCCAUGGUGUUGCUUUUCGAAGGUGGGCUAAGAAACGAUUCGGUACCAGAGACAUUUAACCUGAAGCAUCGCACAAACUCCGGUGAACUGUUGCCGAUAAAGUUCAUUCAAAUCGUACCGCUGCUGUCAUGGGGUCCGAGUUUCAACUUCUGUAUAUGGUACGUCGAGCUGCUGGGUAUAGAAGAUUCUAUCUUCAUUCUGCUGAAUCUGCGAAAGUACAACAUGCUUCGGGAGGUGGAGAUUGUGCGGCUGUUUCUAAAGCAUUGCCGGCAGCAGGGCUACACUAAUUCGUUCAGCGCUCUGCAAGAAGAAACAGGCGUGCGGUUGGAGGAUGACAAGAUGACGGAACUACACGAAAUGCUUGUAAAUAGAGGGGACUUUAAGAAGACUGAAGAGAUGCUGAUGGAAUUUAUCAACAACGGUCUAAUGGACAACUACCUCGAGCGACAGGAGUACAAACCCCAGUGGAACUUGCAGUUGACACCGGAACACGAACCCCGGCCGGGUCGACGUGGCGGUCACCAACUUAUUAUCGAUCCGAUGACAAGCACGAUCUACCUGUACGGUGGAUGGGAUGGGAACGAGGAUCUGAGUGAUCUGUGGUCGUACCAUGUGAAGGCAAACCAGUGGACGUUGAUACACGAGCGGUCCGAACUGCUGGAAGGUCCGACGCCCCGAGCCUGCCACAAGAUGGUAUACGACACGAAGAACUCUCAGAUUUUCAUGCUCGGCCGCUACCUGGACAGUGCGUCUCGUACUGAAGAGAAUAUUAACAGCGACUUUUACCUAUACAACACCAUCUCUAAGACUUGGUUUCUGAUUUGCAACGACACGAGUCAGGUCGGAGGUCCCCAGCUCGUAUUUGACCAUCAGAUGUGCAUUGACGUCGACAAGCAAACGAUCUACGUGUUUGGCGGUCGAAUUCUAGAACCAAAUUACAGAGCUUCUUUGUCAUUUAGAUACGAGGAGGACACGACUGCCCACUACCGCUACUCGGGACUGUUCUCGUAUCAUAUCAGCACCAACACGUGGACGCACAUACUGGUGGAUUGCGAACAUCCGACAGCUUCCAGUCCGCAUGUUCUCAGCAUUCGAUCGCGGGUGACCCAUUCGAUGCUAUUCCAUCAUAAACAUCGCAAGCUGUACAUUUUUGGCGGCCAACGGGGAAAGGACUAUAUGACGGAUUUUCUCAUAUAUGAUGUGGACGCAAACGAACUGUCGAAUAUGACGCCAGAAAACAACAAUACUGAUACGAAGAAUGUUCCCCAGUCGGGAUUCACUCAGCGGGCGACGAUCGAUUGUGAAAAAGAUGAAAUUUACGUUCUAACGAGUCUUAGUAAGGAAAAGGAACGUCGAGAUUUGAACAUCAACUCGUUCUGGUUGUUUUCGUUGUCCAAAAAAGAAUGGUGCUGUGUGUAUAAGAGCGAACACUCCAAUGGAGAAAACUGUUAUCAAAAGAGUCAGACCGCUUGCCACGAACCGUGCCCCCGGUACGCUCACCAAAUCGUGUACGAUAGCACAAAUCAGGUGCAUUUCCUGUUCGGUGGAAAUCCGGGCACCAACUCGAACGUGCGGUUGGAUGAUUUCUGGGUACUGCGCCUCGAGAAACCGAACCGUGAAAACAUACUGCGCUACUGUAAAUACCUGUUGCGAAAGCAAGAGUACGAAGAGAUCACUAAAAACGAUCCGCUUUCGGCUAUAUUGUACCUGCAAACGAAAUUGUAUGACAUCAUUGACCAUAACGAUCCUGUGCAACUUAAGGAGUUCCAUAAGUUGGCCUCUCUGCUUUUCAAGUCCGACUCGGCCGACGACGAAACGGAGGUGGUCAAUCCACUGUCCUGUGCUCUAGGGGGAGUUAGCACUACAGUCGGUGGUAGUGGUGGUGGUAGCAAGCACAAGCAGCAACGUGCCGAUGAUGACGGUCACAAGGAGGAAGAAAAUAUGGCCAAGGUAAUGCGCGUCGAAUCGCCGAAAAGUGUCGAGGAAGUCGACACGUCCAGUAUCAGCUCGAUGAGCAGUAGCGAUUGUUCGAAUUCACAAACCCAACGGACCCACGGUACAGCCAUAGUGCAGGAGAAACCCGAAGGAGUUACCUCAUCACCUGUUGUUAGUGAUUCUUCCCAAAAGGCAAUAACUAAGAAGGGUGCGAUACCACCAGCUACGUCGGACACUGGUGCCACACCGUCAACUUCUCGUUCUUGUGGUGGUAUUGCACGCAAUCGUGCCGUCGAUCAGCAGUUUGAAACGAAAAUACGACGCUGCCUUCUGUUCAACAAACUGGUCGAUUUAAUGCCGGAGGCGCUUUGUCAGCCGAAGAAAAAUAUCAGCGAUUUUGUACUGCUGUAGUAAAUGUUGCUGACAACGAACCGGACACACGAUCUACGUUCACACGUGGGAUAGAACAUGGAAUCACAAUAACCAAUUGGGAAAGGACACACUGCCAGUGUAUGCAUGCGUUUCAGCAAUGUACUUCGUUCUUCUAUCGAAAACCAUGUGAUAAUAUUUGCAAUUCCGUGGAAAACAAGAAAAGGAGUGGAAAACGAACAAAAGCAUAGCUUGUUGUCUGAUAUGUACGUGUGUGUGUGUGUGUGUGUCUGCGUUGGACGGUGGAUAUUCAGCUUUCAUUAUUGACGUUUUAAUUUUAUCAGAAUCAGGAUUAACAAGCAACGACUUUCGUGAAACCCAAACGUUUUAAGUUUGUACUAUAUGCUGACAAUGUUUUCGCAAUAGCUUCAAUAGCUAAAGUUCUACGCACUAGAAUCUGAACACCUUACUUAUGCUUCUCCUGUCGUCUCGGCUAAUAAUGCAGCCUCUUGAGGUAGCCUGAAAUAUCGUAUGUUUUUAUAAUUUGUAAACGGUUAUUGUUUAUAUUUUUAAAUUGCCAACAGUUGUGAGAUAAAAAUGUGAUGCACGACAUAUAAGCAAAUUAUUAUGUUUGCUAGCUCUAUUUUUUUCUUACAUUGCGAAUAAAACCUACUCGAAAGU